AUGCCUGAGAAAACGCCCACGAAUACAAAACCAAAGCAGAACCAGCCAGACGUGGCGGCAACUACCCAUCAAAGCUGGUCCGUUAUCGCUCAAUCCGAGCUGCACGCCGCUGGUAGCACCGGCGAGUCUACGGGAGGAUUCCCCUCCGCGAGAGCCCAGUUAGAGGAGACCUCACCGGCCCUCCCGGCCAUCACGCUCCCGAAAGGCGGUGGAGCCCUGCGGUCUAUGGGAGAAAAGUUCGCCGUGAAUCCUUCUUUGGGCUCGGCGUCGCUAACAGUCCCAAUCUCCACGACACCAUCGCGUAGCCCGUCGGCCACCCCUAGCAUUAGCCUCACUUACUCGACUGGCGCCGGCAACAGCGCCUUCGGUCUUGGCUGGGACAUUUCCAUCAACGCUGCCCACGUCACGAGAAAGACAGACAAAGGUGUCCCGCGGUAUGGAGAUGAUGACGUCUUUGUCCUCUCGGGAACCGAAGAUCUCGUUCGCCGCGCAAGGACUGAUGCCCUCGGGAAGGUACUUGUCGACAGCGGUGGGAACCUGGUCUUCGAGGAUAAGACCAGACCUGGUUGGCGUGUAAGGCAAUACGUCCCGCGAGUUGAAGGCGCCUUCUCGCGGGUCGAGCGGUGGAUGAAUGUCGACAAUGCCGAUGACUGCUGGUGGAGAACUCUGUCUAGGGAUGGUACGAUCAGUGUCUACGGUCUGACGGACGAGGCCAAAAUUUUUGAUGACGGAAGCGACGGCGACGUUGGUGGAACACGAAAGAGGAUUUUCUCAUGGCUCUUGCAGGAGACGUACGACACUAAAGGAAACGUGACUUGGUACUCGUACAAGAAGGAGGACUCUGCUAAUGUGCCGCUUGAUCAUCCAUGUGAAUCCAAUCGCACGACCAGCUCCCGAGCGCGGAAUCGGUAUCUCGAGAGUAUCAAGUACGGGAAUCAGAUGCCCAAUCAGGUUCCAGGAGCUGAAACAGGUCGGCUGCGUGCUGCCAGUAUACCGGCCGACGGAUGGAUGUUUGAAGUGGUCUUUGACUACGGAGAGCAUGAUAUUACGAGCCCGCUGCCAGAUGACGCCACUUUGGCAUGGGAAAGCCGGGAAGAUUCCUUUUCGUCGUACCGCGCCGGGUUUGAGAUUAGAACCUAUCGCCUUUGUCGACGGAUCCUCAUGUUCCACCAUUUUCCAACCGAAGGAUUUGCUUCUGGAUCGCUGUCGACUCUUGUGUCUGCAACUGAACUGAGCUACCAAGAGGAUGAUGUGGCAACAAAACUUGUCAAGGUUGCCCACAUCGGAUUUGCUCCCCUGCGUGGCCAGUCCGGGACGGGGUCGUUAGCUUCUUCUCGCCCGGUCCUCGAGGGCAUUCCCUCCGAUAGCUCGUUUUACCGCUGGCUCGGCCUCGAUGGCGAGGGGCUUCCGGGGAUCCUUACCGAGCUCGCGCCUGGUGGUGCAUGGGUCUACAAGAGGAAUGAGAGCGCCGCCAACAAGGACGAGAACGACCAACUCGUUCCCCACUUCACACCAGGCGAAACGGUGUCAUGCAAGCCAAGCACAUCCAUGGCUGAGGUCACCUUCACAGAUGUGGCGGGGGAAGGGUCACUGGACGUCGUUCGGUGUUCACCCAACGACGAAGCAUGGGGCUUUUGGGCCAGGACAACGCCGUCUUCCGGCGACACGGCGUCAGGCUGGGACAAUUUCACACCCUUUCCCGCCUUCCCGCACAUAGACUCGCAAAGUCCUAGAUGCCAUUUCAUGGAUCUCACUGGCGAUGGCCUUGCCGACAUUUUAUUGGCUGACGAGCCCUCAAUCUUCACAUGGUGUCCAUCCUUAGGCAUUAGUGGAUAUGGAGAGUGGCAGACUGUUUUGGCCUGCCCAGACGCGGACAAGGGACCACGGCUAGUUCUUGCAACCCCUGAAGAGAGCAUCUACCUGGCCGACAUGUCGGGGGAUGGCCUUAUAGACAUCGCUCGUAUCCGCAGUGGCUCCGUUAGCUAUUGGCCCAACAUGGGCUAUGGCGUCUUUGGGGCAGAAGUCACUAUGGGUAACAGCCCAUUCCUGGAAUCGAGCUCCGGUUUUGGAGCAAUGCCCAAGGAGACGCGCGUCGUUCUUGCUGACAUAGACGGAUCCGGGACCACUGACCUCAUUUACAUCACGGGCGACGGCAUAGCAAACUGCUAUUUUAAUGAAGCUGGUAAUGCAUUCACCAAUGCGGUUUUCUUAGGUAGCUUCCCUACCGGCUACGAUAAGACUUCUAUGAGGGCGACAGCCGUCGAUCUUCUGGGGAACGGGACGUCCUGUCUAGUAUGGACGUCGUGUCUCCCUGGGGAUAGCUCGCCUCGAAUGCGGUACUUAGAUCUCAUGGGAGGUGUUAAGCCCCAUCUCCUAAUCGGAGUUAGAAACGGGAUGGGUGCCGAGACGGUCAUCCAGUACGCCGCGUCCACAAGCUUCUACUUAAAAGACAAACAGGCUGGGAGAUCCUGGACAACAAGACUCCCGACACCAGUCCAGUGUGUCGAAAGUGUGACACAAUACGACCACGUUGCUAAAACUCGCCUUAUCACAACCUACUGCUACCAUGAUGGUUACUUUGACGGUGUGGAGAGAGAAUUUAGGGGCUUUGCCAUGGUGGAGACGCGCGACACCGAGUCCUUUGUCGUCCUUAGUGGUGGAUCAUGGGUCAAUGAGGACUUGGCGACCGCUGUCUCCCCGAAGGUGACCAAGACAUGGUAUCACACUGGUGCACGCAGUAGCCUGCAAAACCUCUCUGGAACUCUCCAUUUGGAUGAAUCGCGGCUUUCGCGACUAUCCCCAACUUCCAAGUCGGUUUCAAUGUCCCCUCAGCUUACCCGAGAAGCCUACCGAUCUUUCAAGGGCCAUGUAUUGCGAUCCGAGAUAUAUGGGGCUGAUGACACGCCACAUGCCGAGGUGCCGUACGUGGUCGAGGAACACAGUUUCACCGUCCAUAUUCUCCAGCCCAUUUCUCCCUCUGCUACGCAGCACGCUAUCUUUUUGGUUACGGACCGCGAGAGCAUCUCCACUCGCAUUGAGCGUGUGGAUGUUGAGGACCCACGCGUUCUUCAAAAGCUGGUUCUUGAGGUUGACGCCUUUGGUAACCCGACAAAGGUGGCCACUGUUGCUUAUGGACGAGCGAAGGGGCGUACCGAGCCGACCGAUGAGGCGGCUGCGGCGCAGGAGACAAGUAUCACUAUGUACGAAGAGACAUCCUGGACGAAUUGGGUGGAUGAGGACGACGCAUGGCUUGUCCCAAAACCUGCGGCCCACACCACUUGGCAGGUUGCAGGGGUGGUGAAACCCUUGGCAGAAGGAUUCCAUAACCUGAAGCUAGAUGCGAGCGAGGAUAUUAUCGAAGAACUUCGGCAUAUCGGCGAUAUCCCGACUGUGCCGUUCGGGACAGGGAUGUCCGGAGAAACGAACGCGAAGGCGCGGAUGCUCGUUGAAAAACGCAGGAAGGUUUACCGGAGCAAUGACUUGUUAAAUCUGUUGCCCCUGGGCACCCUCGAAUCACUGGCCUUGGACGGCCAGUCAUAUCAGUUGUGCUUCCCGGCUGAUCUGGUCACCGAGAUCUACUCUGGGGCGUCGCCUCCGGCCAAGGCUUUCAUUGACCCGCCUGCAUCCAUCUUGGGAGGCAUCUCUGAACGACAGGGAGGUUACGUCGAUCUCGACGGAGAUGGGAACUGGUGGGUUCCUUCUAGCCGCCAUUUCUUCCAUCCCACCGUAAGCGCCCCUGCGGACAUCGAGCUUGAUGAAGCCCGCUCGCACUUCUUCCUGCCCUGUCGAUUCCACACUGCCUUCUCGGAGGGUUACUCCAUCGUAGAUUACGAUGUGUACAGUCUCCGUCCCGUUUCCACGACCGAUGAGGUGGGCAAUACGACCCAGGCAACCAUUGACUACCGCACCCUCCAGCCAUACGUGAUGCAGGAUCCCAACGGCAACCGCUCCGAGUUAGCUUUCGAUGAACUUGGGCAUGUCGCCUGCAUCGCGAUAGGGGGUAAGCCAGAUCUGGUUGAGGGCGACGCUCUUGACCACACCACCUUCCGGCCCUUCCUCGACAAACAAGCCAUUGAAACGUUUUCGGCUGGCCCAGUUUCGGCCGCCUCUUCCCUCCUCGAUACAGCGACACAGAGAUUCCUGUACGACUACGAAGCAGCGCCGGCAUUUUCGGCAUCCAUUCAGCGCGAAUUUCACGGGCAACUGGGUCCGGGACGUCUGCGUCUGGAAAUCUCUUACAUGGACGGCCAUGGCCGGGUUGUUCAAACUAAAGAGCGCGUCGAAGACGGGACUUUAACUCCAGAUAGUGCCGCGGCCGUCUCGCCGCGGUGGCGAUCACUAGGUUGGACUGUCUUCAAUAACAAAGGCAAGCCGGUGCGCGAGUUCGAACCCUUCUUCGACGACACGCACGCGUUUCGGUUUGAGCACAGGGUCGGGGUAAGCCCCAUUAUAUUCUACGACCCUCUUGAUCGCAUCGCUACCGUGUGGUUCCCCGAUCGGACAUGGACCAAGACGGUGUACGGCGCUUGGCACGUCAAGUCGUGGGACAGAAGUGACACGGUCAAUGUGGAAGACCCGACAACCGACACGGACGUGGGUCCUUAUCUAGCACGGCUGCCUCGAGCGGACAUUGUUCCGACCUGGGGGUCCCGUCUUCUCGAGGGAUUAAGAGGUGCCAAUGGCAAGACGGCGGCUCUCAAGGCAGGCUACCAUGCUGGCACACCAUCGACGGCUCACUUGGAUGUGUUAGGCAGGAGCUUUUGCACCGUCGCGCUGAAUAGGACUAUAUACGGAGAUGGAACGAGUCCACCGGGAGGUGUUACGCUCCAGCAGGUGCGAACGACGUCCAUGUUGGAUGUCUUGGGAAACGUAUCCAGGCUUCUGGAUGCCAAGGGCUCUGUCGUCUCACAAUCGCGAUUCAGCAUGGUCGGGGAUCUUGUUCACCAUGCCACCGCCGAGCAAGGAGAGCGGUGGUUCCUGGUCGACGUCAUGCGGAAGCCUUUAUACCAAUGGGAUAGCCGCAGUGGUCAGCUUAGAUGGGUCUACGACGCGUUGAGGCGUUUCGUUGGUCAAUGUCUUACCGAUGCUCCUGGGGCAAGAGAGCUGCUAGUUGAGAAGCAGGAAUAUGGCGAGAAGUUAACUGACGGCACAGAUGGGCGUCGGAGAAACACGCGCGGCCGACCACUUCGUUUGUUCGAUCAGUCUGGAGUUGUGGUUACCGAUGAAUAUGACUUCAAAGGGAAUGGUAUAGCUAGCUCUCGCCAGAUUGCCGCCGUGUAUGACAAGGCUCUCGAUCAUGGGGGCGAUGGAACGCUAGCGCAGAUGGACCCCGACCUCCCUCUCUUCGAGUCGCAUUCCGAAUAUGAUGCCGUUAAUCGUCUCCGUCAUGUAACAGGACCCGACUCCACCACCGUCGUGUAUGGCUAUAACGAUGGGGGUCUCGUCAACAGUAUUACAGCCCAUGUGCGCGGAGAGGCAGUCGCGACGACAGUCGUCUCCAGCAUCCUAUACAACGCUAGGCGGAAGCGCGAGCGGGUCGACUACGGCAACAAAGUCAGCACAACCUACUCUUACGAUCCUGAAACUUUCCAGCUCGUCUCAGUAACCACAGAACGUGACUGGUCGUCAUUCCCGACGCGGUACUUGCUCCAAUCCCUCGAGUAUUUCUACGAUCCAAUGGGUAACGUGACGUGCGUCACUGACAAAUCUCAACAAACCAUCUUCUUCCGAAACACAGUCGUGGAGCCAAAGUGGGAAUACACGCGACAACCAACGGUAAUGGAGGCAGCUCGCGGCCGCUGUGCCGCUGGGGAGUUCCAUACUCGCAUUGACCAUCCUGGUGACGGCAAUGCGGUUGCAAAGUACUUGGAGCGGUAUACGUAUGAUACUGUCGGCAACUUAAUGGCUCUCGCGCACUCGGGCAGUGAUGCAAACCACCCCGGCUGGACGAGACGAUACGAGUAUGCUCAGCCCAACCUGCUCGACCCGUCUUUCAUGUCGAAUAUGUUGACCGCAACGUACAUUGGAUCAACUAGGGAGGAGUAUGGGUACGACGAGAGGGGCAACAUGACGUCCAUGCCGGCAGUUCGGGAACUUCAGUGGGACUGGAAGGAUCAAUUACGCUCGUCAUGUCGGUCACAGACGACAGCGGCCGAGAGGACGUGGUACUCGUACGAUUCGGGCGGCCAGCGUGUGCGUAAAGUAUCAGUCAACCAAGUCUCUCCUAGCUCGCCCACAUCCACGGGAACCAUGAAGUCGCAGACUAUCUAUCUGAGUCAGGGCUAUGAAAUUAAUCUACGCUAUGCCGGGGAUGGCCGCACUGUUAGUGAAGCAGUUGAGACGUUACGCAUCAGCGACCUUCCUUCUUCUACAGCAGCGCCAUCGGCAGUUAUAAUCGACACACGCCUCACUCCAUCUCCACCACCCCUUUCGUCCUCCCCUUCGCCAACACCAAGUUCCUCAGUCGCCAUGCUACUUCCCACAGACCAAGUGCUUCGCUACCAAAUCCUUAACACCCAGCAAUCGUCAUCAGCGAUGGAACUCCUCCCGUCGGCCGAGAUUCUCACGUACGAGGAGUAUUUCCCCUUUGGCGCAACAUCGUACCUUGCCACCUCCACAGUCAACACCCCCUGGUGCCCGCCCAAGCGGUACCACUUCCUGCAGCGCGAGCGCGAUGCCGAGACGGGCUUGAGUUACCACGGCGCUCGCUACUUGGUGCCGUGGCUCGCGCGUUGGACCAGCGCUGAUCCACUUGGUCUCGCAGAUGGAACGAACUUGUAUGCAUACGCGCGAAAUAACCCAGUGGUUCUGGGCGACGCAAUGGGUACACAGGCGGUGCCGAUGCAGAAGGAGGAAGAUGGGACACCAAUGUUGCCUGAGAAACCAUCGAUAGAGCACGAAAAGCCGCCUACGGAGUCGCGGUUCAAAUUAGCCACAUUCCCAAUCGGAGAGGAUAAAUUGAACUGGAUGACUGUUGGUUUCCGGUACAAACAGGAGACCACGUUUGCCCCUGGCCAGAACUGGAAAUUUAAUGAAGGGAUUGAGGCCUCGAUGCGAUUUACACUCACCAAGCACAGCAGUCGGAAUCCCCUAAACUUCGAACUCGUGGGAGGUAUAAGUACAGAGAAAGGCGCCUCUAUUAGUGCCGUAUUUACAAUCGGGCAACCCGCCGACGUUAGUGACUCCACAGUGAGAGACACAUCGCUCUGGAAAUCCAAUCCUGGUGGGCUGAGUACCGCCCUUGACUGGCCCGUGUCACAUGACAUUCCUUUCGAUCUCGUGCCGAAAGCUGUGGACACGUCUAUUAUUAGCAUUAUUGAGGGGGGCACCGGGAAAUCGAUCUCUGACAGGCCCGUUGUGCAGAGUCCUGAGCGCACUCCGGUGAUGGCCGUGCCGCCGCCAUAUAACCCCGAUACGUACUACAAGCGCGUCUGGCAGCAGAGGCUCUAUUAA